AUGAUCAUUUCCAAUUCGACUCCUAGCCGAGAUCACCCCGGGCUUUUAUCAGAUAACAAGAUCGAACGAUCACACCUGUUUUGUUUUCUUGCAUAUAAACUCAACUCGCGUCUUCCCACCACAUCCAUGGGUACCUUUUGGCUUCAUUUCUUUGGUACUCUUGUACUUGUCGUCAUGUCUGUUCCCUUUGUCUCGGCUCUAAAAACUAUUCUUGUGCUCGGUGGCUCGUACGGUGGUAUCGCUGCGUCCAAGUUCCUCGCGAAAGAGCUCCCGGAGGGAUAUCGCGUUGUUCUACUAGAACGAAACAGUCACGCGAACCGUGCGUUCUCGUCUUUUUUCCCUGACCCAUUUGUUUCUGACACCCUCGACUCAGACAUGUACGUCUUGCCGAGAUUCAGCGUUCUGCCAUCACACGAGACUAAAGCCUUUAUACCGUACAACAACCUAUUCGGCCCUACACCCGGCCCAAACCGGGUUAUCCACGGCACGGCAAUCAAGUUGGAGCGGAACAAGGUAGUCUAUACUCCCGCGCCGUAUUCAAACGAGACGUCUCCAGAGCGUACGAGCAGCCUCGAGUUUGAUUAUCUUAUCUAUGCGCUGGGCGCCAAGCUACCCGGCCCCAUCGACUUUUGGGGCGCAAAGAGCGUGUAUGACGGACAUGCAUACGGUUCCAAAGCUGAGAGAACCAUCAAUCUCGAUGGGGACAAAAAAUUCGAAACUUUUGACGGUUCCAAGUCGGCUGCGGUCGCCUUUCUCCAACGCGCUCAAAAGCGGCUCAAGUUGGUUGAGAGCGUGUUGGUCGUUGGCGGUGGUGCGUUGGGCAUUCAGUUUGCGAGCGACUUGAAGAGCCUAUACCCCCACAAACAAAUCACACUUUUGCACUCUCGUAUGCAAUUAUUACCAAGGUUCCCAAAUAAAAUACACGACGAGAUCAACAAAACCAUGCACGCGCUCGGCGUCAACUUGAUUCUGGGCCAAAGACUCGAUCUCAAGACUACACUUCCCGAACACGCCGAGUACGACGAGCAAGGAAGGAGAGUGGUCAAGACCGAGAACGGAAAGAAGAUAUGCGCGGAUCUGAUCCUGCUCUGUACAGGUCAAACUCCCAACACAUCCCUCAUGCGCGACUUGGUUCCUCGCGCAAUAGACGACCAAACAGGGAUGAUCAAAGUCCUACGAACUAUGCAAGUCGAUCUUCCUCCCAAGUCACGAUUUAUCGUUCAAGAUGGGGGUACAAACGCGCCGGGGACCGAGCUGCCGCAUGUAUAUGCUAUCGGAGACGCGGCGGAUGCGUUUGGGGUGAUUAAAGCUGGACAUACGGCUCAUUGGCAGGCCGAAGUAGCUGCUAAAAACAUCGUCGCAAGUAUUCUCUCGCAGCCUCUCACUUCCUACGAACCCGGUCCACCGGCCAUCAAAAUCACACUUGGCAUGAGACACUAUGCGAUGGUUAUGGGUCCCGAACAAACACUUACAGUCGGCGACGACGGAAAGGAUGAUUUAGACGCGGUGGGCAUGUGGUCAUACGUCGGAGCCGAGUAUGAGCGGGAUAAAGAGCUAUAG